ACAAGAUGUUUGGAGGUAUUCCAGUGCUCUAUUUAAUAUUUGCAGUUCUUACUACUUUAUUAUCGCAAAUACAGGGACAGUCGUGUGGUGAUCUGCAGGAAAGUCAGUUAACCAAUCUAAAAGAGAUCACAGAACCUGAUGAGUUCCCGUGGAUUGGUCGCGUUGGCUACGGUGAGUCCAGAAAUUCCAGCGCCAAAUUCCUCUGCCUUGCGGUGCUGAUCAAGCCCCAAUAUGCGAUUCUUCCUGCCACCUGUCUGGAGUUAGAUGAUCCCUUGUUCAUCCUUUUCGGGGACUGGAGAUCCAACAGGAACUUCGACGAGGAAGACUGUCUCCAUGACAGUGACAGUUUGGAAAACUGCGCCCCACCCCCGAUAGCGAUCGACAUAGAUGAGCUGGUGGUGCACCCGGGGUACAUAGGACUGGCAAAACGAGAAUAUUUGGAGAACGACAUCGCACUGGCCAAGCUGGUGCGAAUCGUGGAGUUCAGCAACAAUGUGGCACCUCUUUGCCUUCCAACCAUCAACGAGGACAAGAACAGUCACAUAGCCCAGAAGCUGGAAAUGGUGGGAUUCUUGCACUGGACCAAGAUUUCAUCGAAUCUGCGGCCGGAAGAAGAGUUUCGCUCGAAGGUGGAGGUGAACACGAUUAGUCAGGAGUACUGUUCCUCCUUGCAGUUCCGUUUGACUCUCAAUGAGAAUCAUCUUUGCGCCACGGCAGCUAGAGAAAAACAACAAUUUUUCGGAUCACCACUGAUGGGAGUCGAAGUGGUGAACGAAAAGCCACAUAACUUCUUCCUGGUCGGACUUCCUACCUUUAGCAUUGUACCAGGUUCGAGAAAAGAUACCGUAUUAUUCGUAUUCACGCGCGUAUUUCCAUAUAUAGGCUGGAUAUUAAGAAACAUCAACUAAACAUUGACGAUGAAGUAAUAUUUUGACUUAAAUUUUAAGUCUUCUGACACAUUACCAGUCAUCGUUACUCGAAACUUUUGUUAAUAACUUGAUAAAUUUUAAUUUACAUCGUGAAAAAUGUGUGUUAAAACUAGAAGUGUACAGUUACUAAACUCAAUACUUUUCAAAAACAUUGUGAAGCAAUAAUAAAUGAAAUAUCUCACCUGAAAAUGUGCUUCAAAUAAACUUGUUCACAGU